CUAAGCGCGCGCCCUGCGCCCCACCCCAGCGGCGGCCGCGCGGGGAGGAAGCGCGCCUGGGUUUGCGUGCCAAGUUUCCUUUUUUUGCUUUCUCGUCGGAGCAGCUCGAACGCGUGGCGGGUGAGAAUGUCGAACUUGAGCGCGGAGGGGGCCCGGAGCCACAGGGGUUAAAGCAAGUGACCCCCCCACUUCCCGCCGCCUGGCGCCGCCGGCCAUGGGCAGCCGCGACCACCUGUUCAAGGUGCUGGUGGUGGGCGACGCGGCGGUGGGCAAGACGUCGCUGGUGCAGCGGUAUUCCCAGGACAGCUUCAGCAAGCACUACAAGUCCACGGUGGGAGUGGACUUCGCGCUGAAGGUGCUGCAGUGGUCCGACUCGGAGGUGGUACGGCUACAGCUGUGGGACAUCGCAGGGCAGGAGCGCUUCACCUCCAUGACAAGGCUGUACUACCGGGACGCCUCCGCCUGUGUUAUCAUGUUUGACGUUACCAAUGCCACUACCUUCAGCAACAGCCAGAGGUGGAAACAGGACCUGGAUAGCAAGCUCACCCUGCCCAAUGGAGAGCCCGUGCCCUGCCUGCUCUUGGCCAACAAGUGUGAUCUGUCCCCUUGGGCAGUGAGCAGGGACCAGAUCGACCGGUUCAGUAAAGAGAACGGCUUCACAGGUUGGACAGAAACAUCAGUCAAGGAGAACAAGAAUAUUAAUGAGGCCAUGAGGGGAACUACAUCAACCUGCAGAGCAAGUCCUCCUCCAGCUGGGCCUGCUGCUAGUGGUUUCGGCUGCCUACCCAGCCCUCUUCUAGGACUUUCUGUCUUCUCCGGUGGUGGUCCAUCCGUCAGUUCCAUCAGCUGUGGUCCGUACACUGGAACUGUCUUCUGCUGACCAUCCAGGAAGGAGGUCCACCAUCCCUUGGUAAAGACCCCUGGGGACCCGUGUGCCUUUCUGUACCCCCUAGAAGUUGGCUCUGACCUGCUGCUGACUCGUGGGGCCCAGCGGGUGCUUUCUGUCCAGGGAAGAUCGUCUCAGCCCUCAGUCGGUCAUCUGGAAUUUCGCGGCAGGGAUCUGUGUUUUAAAGAUCCGAAUUCUCACCUACUCUUGGACUUAUUUUUCCAUUGGAUGCAUGUUGGUAUCAUGACUUCAGUUUGAAAAUAAAAUGAGAUCAAAUGACACUUCCCAAAUUAGUGUAGGACUUCACUUUCAAAUUCUUUUAGUCUUGAACUUGGAAUUUAAACAGCUGGGAUGCAGGAAGGGGACCAGGUUUACAUGGGUUUGGCCACCUAGAAGUCACUGGUUUUUUUUUUGUUUUGUCUUUUUAUCUUUUUUUUUUUUUUUAAUUUUUAUUUAUUUAUUUUGACAGGCAGAGUGGAUAGUGAGAGAGAGAGACAGAGAGAAAGGUCUUCCUUUUAUGCCGUUGGUUCACCCUCCAAUGGCCGCUGCCGCCGGCGCAUCGCGCUGAUCCGAAGCCAGGAGCCAGGUGCUUCUCCUGGUCUCCCAUGCGGGUACAGGGCCCAAGCACUUGGGCCAUCCUCCACUGUCUUCCCGGGCCAUAGCAGAGAGCUGGCCUGGAAGGGGGGCAACCGGGAUAGAAUCCGGCGCCCCAACCGGGACUAGAACCCGGUGUGCUGGCGCCGCAAGGUGGAGGAUUAGCCUGUUGAGCCACGGCGCCGGCCGUAUUUUUGAAACUUCUAAAGUCAUACUUAACUUUCUCUUGUCAUGGCUUCAAGAAUAGUCAAGCUUUCAAACUCCCCAUCUUGUGCGAUGAGAACCUUUGUUUCCAUGAGGAACUUAAGCCACACACUAGGGGUUUCUGGCAUCUCCCUAGCAGUGCAGGGGGACAGAGCCACAGCAGUUAGCUGUGAUGCUCCAAAAACAGGCCUGUCCUUCACAACUUUGGGAAUCUGGAUGGGAGAAGAAAAGGCAGAGAGGUUAACAGAACGGAGUCCAGCCGAGCCACCUUGUAAGCACUGCAGCAGCAGGCACUGAACAGCCUCAGGAAACUGUGGGCCUCGGCCCUGCAAAGGAUGCUUAGACAGAAAAUCAUUAGGCAAUUCCAGUCAUAAAUUAGGCAGGGCUUUUAGGAUCACAUCUCUUCUAGACAGUUUAAUUUGUUAAAUUCUCUCUAGGAUGGGGAUAUGUAACCUCCCCGAGGCUCUGAACGUUUCUAGUGAGCUCGGAGGCCGAAGUUCUCUGCUAGACCUUAAAGAAGCGUCCUGAGUCAGUGGUUCCCAAACCUGGCCCAACCCCUCGAGAAGCUGAAAAAUGUAUAAAUGUUAAGGUUUUUGGAUCAGAGUCUCCAACUUACUGAAUCAAAAUUUCCAAAGGUGAAGCCCAAGACUCUCAUUUUCGGAGCAGGUGAUUCUGACGAGCCUGGUUGGAAAUCCACGCUGGAGAAUUCCGUAGAUUCCGUGUGCCCUGAGGUCUCUGGGUCCUUCUGCCACUGGUCAGAUUUGAAAGCCACUGUCCUGAGAAAGAAGGGGCCAACAAGCAGAAAGAGAGCCGGGGCCGAGCCUUCAGCCUUUUGCUGUUGGUUAUUAAUAGCAAUUGUUGUAACUUGAACAAUCUGUUAGGUCCUUAAAGUUCCCCUUUGUGUUGCUGUUUUCAGGUAGUGUUUUGCUACAGUGAUUCUAAAAAGGAUAGUGGAAUACCAGAUUUCCUUUAUAUGAAAAGAAAACUGGCCUUUAAUCCCUGAUUCCGACCCCUGAAAAAUCAUAAAUAAACGAGAACUGAAUCUUG